UUAGAAAAUGCUGUAAAUCGGUAGGAAAUUUAAAAAAAAUACUGGGUAAAAAUGUAUUUUAUCAAAAUAAAAACUUAAAAAUUUAAAAAAUAUAUAUAAAUAUCAUAUUCCGAGCUAAGAUUCCACUCCGUGUUUCUUCUCUUGUCUGUGUCGGUGAGACCCUGAGACCCUCAGACCUCCUCACUUAGACCCAUGUUUCUCUCUUUCUCUCCCUCUCUCUCUUUCCUUCUUCUUGCGUGUGCGUAUCACAAAGUGUUGGCAUCUAUUGCCUUUGUCUGACAAGUCAUCCAUAUAAGCAAAAGGGGGGUCUGCAGAGGGGAGGCGAGGAGGGGGAGGAGGGGAGCGUUGCAGCUUUUAGAACCACACAGACACAGACAGGGGCUUCAUUUCCAGCCCAAAGAUCCAGCCUCACGCAUCCACAGCGCAGCGCGCAAGAGAAACCCGAUGCUUGCUCUCUCCGCCGCCGCUGCCGCCGCUGCCGCCGCUACCGCCGCCCGUGACGCGUGAAUCCAAGGCCACCGGGACUGAGGAGAUACCAGACCAUCCACGCCGGAGCUCAGACCUUCCGUUCCGUCUCCUGAGUAGCGUUGACUCGGUGUGAGAUUUACCUUCAUUCAGCACAGGCUUUGUUAAAAAAAAAAAAAAAGAAAAAAGAAAAAGAAAAGAAGAAAAACACCCAUGAACUGAGCACAGGUCGUGUUCGUCCGAAACUAGCCCACGGUCAUGCUGCGCACCUGCCAGACCUCCGCUCCAAGACCGGACUGCUGAAGAGAGGAAGGGCAACUUUUGGGAGGAAGAAGUUGCCAUCAAAUCGUUUGUUCGUCCAAAUCCCGCGGGGGACGGAGGGGGCACGAACGGUCCCUCCAUCGAGUAGAAUAAACCCUUUUUCUUCACAUUUUCAUCCUUGAUAGGAAGGCGACACGGCGACUUCAGUUGAUUAUCUCUCUUUCCUUUACUAUCCAAUGGAUAUUCACUGCAAGGCAGACCCCUUCACUGCGAUGCACCCUGGGCACGGAGGUGUGAACCAGCUCGGCGGCGUGUUUGUGAACGGCAGACCCCUCCCUGACGUGGUCAGACAGCGGAUAGUGGAGCUGGCCCACCAGGGAGUCCGGCCCUGUGACAUCUCCAGGCAGCUGCGGGUCAGUCACGGCUGCGUCAGCAAGAUCCUGGGCAGAUACUAUGAGACAGGCAGCAUCAAACCAGGGGUGAUCGGUGGGUCGAAACCUAAAGUGGCCACACCAAAGGUGGUGGAAAAAAUCGCAGAUUACAAGAGACAAAAUCCCACCAUGUUUGCCUGGGAGAUCAGAGACAGACUGCUGGCAGAGGGGAUCUGCGACAACGACACUGUCCCCAGCGUCUCAUCCAUUAACAGGAUCAUCAGGACAAAAGUCCAGCAGCCUUUCCAUCCGUCUCCUGAUGGGACAUCCCUGUCCACACCAGGCCACACUAUAGUACCAAACACAGCGUCUCCGCCUGUAACCAGCGCCUCCAAUGACCCAGCUGGAUCCUACUCCAUCAAUGGAAUUCUGGGUAUUCCUCGAUCCAAUGGCGAAAAAAGGAAAAGAGAUGAAGUGUUAAUACAGACUGAUCCUUCGCACGUUAAGAAAAGUUCGGGAAAUUUAUAUGUGUCUCGAUUGUUGCUCUUUCUUCUUAUAGAUGGUUCAGAUGGUUCUGGCCCAAACAGUGAUUCUCAGGGUAGUGUGGAGAGUUUACGGAAACACCUGAGGGCAGAUGCCUUUACCCAGCAGCAGCUGGAAGCGUUGGACCGGGUCUUUGAACGCCCUCCGUACCCUGACGUCUUCCCUACCCCGGAGCAUAUCAAACCCGAACAGGCUAAUGAGUACUCGCUCCCUGCCCUGAAUUCCAGCUUGGACGAAGUCAAACCCAGUUUAUCCUCCAGCGCCAACCCAGACUUGGGCCCCAGUGUGUCGCAAAGCUACCCUGUAGGUCGAGACAUGGCUAACACAACCCUACCAGGGUAUCCACCUCACGUCCCCCCCACAGGCCAGGGCAGCUACCCAACCUCCACACUUGCUGGAAUGGUUCCUGGGAGCGAGUUUUCGGGGAACCCCUACAGUCAUCCACAGUACACGACCUACAACGAAGCCUGGCGAUUCAGCAACCCAGCAUUACUAAGUUCCCCUUAUUAUUAUAGUGCCGCAUCGAGAGGCUCCGCCCCUCCCACUGCUGCCACUGCCUAUGACCGUCACUAGUUACCAUGGAAACCAAAUCAACCUGCAGGACCAUGGCCUCAGCCUCCAUAUUGCUCCCGUGUGAGCGGCAUGGUCCAGUGGACACUGAGCAACUGCGCAUUAAAAUGUUCCUCACACUUAAAAAAAAAAAAACCCAACAUUUCCCGAGGAGAACCCAGACGACUUCCUUCCUCUUUCUUCGUGGCAUUUUUGGACACUUAAAGCCAAAAAAAAUCUACCAGACACCACCAGAGACACUCAGAGAUGCUACACACAACGGCUAAUCGACCUGUUUUUUUAUUUAAAAAAAAGAGAGAAAAAAAGAAAAGAAAAAGGACUGAAAACAAAAAAUAUCCUGAAUUUAUUUUCCCCCUGUAGCAGUGUCAGAGUUUUACCCCAUCCUGGAUCAAUAUUCCACAUUCCUUUCCUCCGAGGCUCUCAGCAGGGAUGCCGUCCAGAGCUGAAAUUGUAGCAGCAGAAGCUUUUUUUUUUUUUUUUUUUGCUUUUCUCACCCCUCAACCAAUCAACUCAAACGGCAGCAUAGUUGCGAUGGAAGAAGAUUCAGCAACACGUGCAGACUGCGUCUGGCCAGUGUUUUAUUAUUAUUAUUUAUUCAUCAGAACAGUCAUCGACCAAACAUCCAGCAUGACCUUCGAUGCCAUGAGAAGAUUAGGACAUGAACUCUGUGAAACACAAUCAAGAUGUAAAAAUGAAAAAUGAACUAAAUAAAGAAACAUCGGUUUGAAACUAGACAACGCCGUGGCAAUAUAUCACCACGACUCGCUGUUUGCAAGGUUUCAAGAUACUAGUAAAUAUAUUCCUAAAAUAAUUUUUUUAUUUCAUUUUUAUAAUUCCUAAUGACUACACUGCAGACUGCUUGGCUAGUGUUUUACUACUUCUUAUUUGUCAGGUUACAAAAGGUUACAUGGGGAAGCCUUGUGUUUUCUUUGAGAUUUUUUUUUUUAAUUUGCACUAUUUUGGAGGUUUGCAACACUGGAGUGUUAUUAUGCAGAAAAACGACCAGGCAUAUUUGCUUUAUUCCAUUGAGACGACUGUAAGUCGUGUGGGUUUCGGUCUGAGAAGGCACUUGCGGUUUCAAUUUUUUUUUUUUUUACUUUUAAAACUCAUCCUGUCACUCUGUCUCGACGUGCACUAUUACUACUGUAUGUUAUUGUCACGGCUCACCUGUUUAUUUAAGUUUGAUUAGGUCUUUGGCAUUCAACCACAGUGAUAGGAUACAACAGCCAUUUCAAGUCACGUCAGCGUCAUUCCUCACGCCGGAAGUUUCUGGAGAAACU